AAUAAAAUGCAUCUUAUUCACUUUCCAUCUUCAUAAAACUGAAGGAAUUCACUAUCUUUAAAUUAUGUUACAUUAUCACAAAUUUAUCUUAUAUUUAAAUCCUUGUCCACUAUAUCCGGACCAUUGUGAGACCAGAAUGGACAUGGACAGUUCUAAAGUUCGUACAGAUCACGAUAUUUUAAAUCACUUGUUGAGUUUUAAAACGGCAAAAAGGCCCCGUUAAAUGACUUUCAGGUAAACAUUUUUUGAUUCGCUAUUUCUCUGCUAUAUCUCUGGUCGCUAUCAAAAUAUAAGUUGCGACUACCUGAAACUCCAAUGCAUUGAAACCAUUAACAUGACAUAACUACUACAUAUAAAUGCAAGAACUCAAACUCUCUGGCAGUAAUUAACAUAUCGCUCUUUGGUAAUUAACAUAUCAUUCAACAGAUAAUUGACUUGCAAUGUAUUAUAGUUUUUUUAUAUUCGCUACUCUCCAACACUUGGUGAAUCGAAUUAUAAUGGAGAAAAGCGUGCAAGUGUUUUAUUGAGAUAUUUGCUUGCUGUCUUCGAAUCACCAAGCGUUGGAGAGGACUCAAUCGAAUAAAUUAUAAUUUUUGUUCAAACAAACUGACAGUUACAACCCUGCGUUGACAUGUUCACUGACACGCGCAAUUCCCAUUCCCUCCUUCUUUUCGUGACAAAAACGAUAUUUCGGGUCUUAGGUUUACUAUACACAAAUGUAAUUUUUACAAGUCUCAAUUAAAAAAAAAAUGUAUUUUAAAUUUUAAGACCUUUUUUCAUUUAAGUCAUUAAUGUUUAACUUGGUUUAUAAUGUGUAAAAUUUGUUAGCACAGAAGAGGUAUUAGCAAACUCUCUUGAAUAAAUUCAUUUCGAUAAAUUUAUUGUAGCGAGCACAGAAAUGGCUAAUGAAGAUAUAAUUAAAAUGCAGGAGUUUAUUAAGAUUCAAAAAACAUUUACAUUGAUCAAUGUUUGAACACGUUACAAGUCUCACUGAAGUGGCACAUCGGUAAAAACGGCGGCUUAUAGUUUGAAUGUUUCAAUAUUUUUACACAGAAAAGAUAGAGGACUUGGUUUAUUCUUUGUAUACAAUUAAUAGUAAGAUGUCUUUGGGUAUAGGAAAGAUCGGUAACUGUAUAGUCUUAUUUUGACGCGAAGAUAAAAAAUCCGUGAGCGCAAAAAGAAUUUUUGAAAAUAAUUUAUGUAUAAUUUUAUUAAAAUAUAUUUAACAUACAUGUGAAAAAAAAAAUACUGAAGAAAUAUAACUCUCACAAUUUCUUUUACGUCGGGAUCUGAUGUUAUAGACGAAUAGAGGAGAUCGUCCAAUUACUUUCUGCACUGGCAGCCUUCGGCCGUGCUUCACAAAAAUAACCCUAGUCGGUCCAACACCGGGGUGUCCAUAGUUCUUUUGCACCGAACUCCUUUUAGCACGCAUAAUAAUUACGGACACCCCGAUGUUAGACUGACCAGGGUUAUUUUUUGAGGUAUAUUGGGUAGAGCGGAGCAGUUUAAAGUUAAUGUGUGGCUGCUUGCAUCGAGUACGACGAAAGUGGGCAGACGUUCUGAGUACUUAUGAUUGUUCAAAAGGUUAGAACUUCUGAAGUUCUUAACGUGCAGUACAAAGGUCCAAGGGGAGGGCAAUUGAGAAUUACGAAAACCUUGCAGAAAUUGAAGCUAAGGUUUUAUUGUACUGGUUGUCGUCAAUCAGCUAUGGAAAGGAUUGCGAAGUAUGCUGAGCCCAUUGUAGCUAAAGGAUCAAGGUCCAGGAGUCAUGGCCAUAUGAGGCAGUACAAUUCGGAUGCGCCAGUUGAGCAAAUAGGCAUGGAUGGCUACCAGAUUGUUCAGCACCAACAGUUCUAGCUAGAUUGUUGCUGUGUUAAGAGCAAUUGAGACAUAAGCAAGAAGUUGUAAGCUCGAUUAAGUUAUAGCUAUUAAAUUGGGACUUUUAUAUAACAAUCCAAUGAUCGAACUCAGGAGUAAGUUACGAGGUAGACGAUUUAUCGAGAAAUCCGUUGCAAUGUUUUUAAUUACACAGUACACAUUGAAAUAUGUCCAAAAGAUAAAUUUAUUGUGCGUGUUUUAAGAAAACAUAUAUAGUUUGUCAAAAACCACUUUACACACUGAUAUAAAAAAAAAUUUUCUCACUGAAAUAAAAAUUUUGACUUUAAAUGAUUAAAGCAUAAUCAUCUUUGCUUUGAAGAAAUUGUUUUUAUAAAAACCAAAGUUAAUGACGAAAAUAUACCGACUCAAGUUGACUCGCUUGUGUGAACGCUAUGAGCGACACCAAAAGAGAAGAUAAUAAGUGUCAAACGAGUCCUCGUCUGAACGCAGUAAUCAUGAUUACUAUCGGUAUCAAAAUCGAUGCAAUUAUUAUUAUUGUGUCGGUUAUUAUCGAAGGAUAGCGAAAAAUUUAAAUUGUGGUUCACUAUUACAAAAUUCAAUAAAUAUUCUUAGUAAAAUUCUAUAAUGGAAUUGGAGAAAAGAGAAAGACGAAGCUCGCUCAAGCACAAUGAUUCAGUUGGGGUCAAAAGAUUUGGCGGUGAUGUGGAUGGUGUUAAACCAAAGCGUCGAAUAAGCUUUUGUGGGAGAAAGUCUGUGAGGGAAUUUCAUGCAGAAGAAAAACCCAGAAGUUGGAAUAACUCCUAUGAAAUUUCAGAUCACCUCAAUACAACUGGAAAUAGUUCAUUAGGUUGCAAGAGUACUAUGGUAAUUAGAAAUUCAAGUACUGAUUAUGGGGAAAAUGAUAUAAAUGUUGGAAUUAAUUUGAGUGGAUCCAAAAAUUGUCAUCAAAUCAGAAAUCAGUGUAAAGUUGCUUUAAGAGAAAUUAACUCGGAGAUACCCAACAUUGCAAAAGAGGUUUUUAAUAACAUUGGAAAUAGUAAUCUAGAUUGUGGAAACAAAAAUGAGAUUAAUGGUUCACAACCAAUAACUUCGGAGGACAUUUUCUACGCAAAUGAAGACAUUUUGACGCAUGACAAAAGUGUUAGCAUGGGUAACCAUCACAUGAGUGUAAUGCAGGUGAUGGAAAUGGAUAUAUCAAAAGUACGUGAGAAUGAAGCUUAUCAAACAGAUAAACUUAUAAAUGUUAAUAAUUGUGAGCAAACCGAAGACAUCACUAAAAAUUUUAACAAUCAGCAUAUAUUUGGGUCCAUACAAUCAGUAAAGAUUGCGGGUAGGAGAUUGUCAAUUAAAACUGAGGGACCUAUGGAUAUUUCUAGACAUUUAAAUCAGUAUAUGCAAAAAAGUUCGGAAAACAAUUAUUCUUAUAUAAAUUCUAAAGAAAAAUUACAAAUAACUGUAACAGAAACGAAUGCUCCAAAAGUGGAUGCCUUAAGAAAGGUAUGCUCCUCAUCUGAAAAUAUAUUGACGGGUACCUUAGCGAAAAUAAAGGAUUCCCAUCUUCUAUGCGGGAAUUUAAUAAUUGAAUCAGAUCCAGAUGAUCAGCAUACUAAUAAUAACUCCCUUUUGAGUAUAGAGACUAAAUUGCAUAUUAAAAAUUAUGAGAACAGUUCAUUACGCAGCGUUAGUUACAACUCGCCUUUGUUUCCACCAAUUAAAAGUAAGAAGAUAAAUCUUCGUCAGUUGAAUGCUGAAAUUUGUGAUGGAAAAAUAAUUGUGUUCCCUAAUAAAAUCAAACAAUGUCCCUUAACUAAUCCUAAUGAUAACUCUACAUUUAAAACGAUUUUAAAACGUGAUACUAAUGAUAUCUCAUACAAUACAGAUACUAAGAAUGAUACAUCAAAAUUUUCGGUAUAUCAAGAUAUGACAUCAGACAGCACAAGUUUUUUUGUGAAAGAAAAAGUAGGUGACGAGACGGGUUUUAUAAAUGUGUCAAAACUAUCUGCAAAUGGAUAUGAAAGAGACACAAUUCAAUGCAGCUCCGAAAUCGAUACAUCUUCCACCAAAAUGGUAUUAACCGCUUCAAUAAUAAAAGAUAUAAAUCUUGAGAGUAUAAGCAUAGAUUUUUACAACAACUUACAAAAUACCAACGAAUUAAAAUCUAGUAAAUAUAUCUUAAAUGGCAAAGAACCGAAUAAAUCAUCUAAAGAACUUAUGAGGUCGAUAUCUGAUCUCUCAGAUAUGAGCUUGAAUUUAACUAGUAUUCCAACCAUAACGAAUGUUUCACCCAAAAGUAUAAAACCAGUAGCUUCUGAAACUUGUGAUGAAACUAAACUUGUCACUAAACUUCAUGUAACUCCACAAAAUAACAAAAAUUUUUAUAAACAAAGGCAUACUAUAUAUUUUAAUCAAGAUAUAUCACCAUUAAAAGCUGACAUACACUCCGUGUCAGGGUUAGAUAGCUAUAAAAUUGAAUUAAAAUCAUCACAUGAUAUAAAUUUGACGGAACAUAAUUAUAAUAAUGAAUUUAAAUGUACUCCGAUUUCGAAAGUUACAAAAGGCAAUAAAGCGGUUAUGAUGCGACAGAAGGCCCUUGAUUUUAGUGACGGUAGUAGCGAUUCGUUGGUAUUAAAUUUAAAAGAAGCAAGGGCUGCAUUAUCUUCUAAUUGUAAACGUAGAAUUGAAGGUACUCCGCAUCGUUCAUUCUUAGAGUUUGUACAUUUAGAAAAAGAAGUGGAAAAGGAUGACGGAAUAUCUUUUGAUAAAAGUGUACUAGAUGAUCUCAAACCAAAAUUGCUGAAGGGACAUACUCUUGAGCAUUUAAGGGAAACGGAACAACAAAAGCAGCGAAGUAAAAUGGAAUCAUUAUAUAACUUUUCAAAUACUAACUCGUCAUAUUUAAACCUUAUAGAAACUGAUAAUCUCAACACACCAUUGAUAUCAAAUUCUAUUUCGGAUCCAAUAUUUUAUAAACGAUCUACAGCAAAUUUGACCCCAAAUUUACCAUUUCCUAAAAAAAGACAACCACUCCUGUUCAACGACUGCCCGAUGAGCGAAUCUAUAAACUGUUCCAAAACCGAGCCUAAAAAUAUAUGUAAUGGGAGCACCAAUGAAGAUAGCCGUAAAAAAUACGCAGUUCCUGAAUCAAUAGAUAAGGAAGCGUACGCACGGAAUCUAAAUACAAGUAUUAUAAAAACUGAUAAGCACACCAAUUGUAAUACAUCUUUUGAUGAUAUCGCAAUAGAGGAAGAUACUAUAGGACACACACAAAUGAAAGUUGAAGCUUCUGAAUGUCGUAAAGUACGGAAUGAAACGAGUCCAAGUAUGAAUAUCUUUCAGUAUCGUAUUCCUAUUACCUCCAAUUGCAAUGUAAAAGAGCGAAAAUCUAUUUCAUUAAAUUCGCCAGUUCUAAGCACAGGAGGUAAUUCUACAAUGAUGUAUGUAACAAAACUUGAGAGCCGGAAUGCAAUUUUGAAACUUCCAUUUGUGUCCGCAACAUCAGAUAACCUUGUAAUUGAGAAUGAAAAUUUUAAGAACGUUGAAUACAUAUGUGAAGACAAUCCAAUAACUAUAUCUGAUGUAUCUGUUCAUUAUUUAACACAACGGAAGUCAUCUAUUAUUAAUGGACUUGAAGAUGACAUUAGAAAUGGAUACUUAACAGACUCAAACAAAACAGACGUUUUUAAUAAACAAUUCAUAAACUUAGAGCGGGAAAAUUCUCCUCUAUGUAUUCCCGAAAUUGACGAUAUUGAAAAAACACGUUUAAGCCUCGUUGAAACGUUCGCUUCUGAAAAUGCUGGAGAUGACGAAGAGAAUGAACGCUCCGAUAUCCAAUCAAUUGAAGAAUUGGUGGUAGAGCAUAACUGUGUCACUAAUCGACAUAUUCCUGUAGAAACAUGUUCUCUAUUACUAAAAGAAAAGGAUACUCCAGUAAAUACAGUUCGGAAUAAAAAUAACAUAAUAACUUGUCGUCGAUGCAAACAUAGCCAGGAAUCGUUUUCUUCUGGAAGUAUGUCAAUCACUAGUGAGUCAUUUGCAUUGCCACCACUGUCUCUGUCACCUUCCCUUGGAUUGGACAAUUUAAUGAGACUCCGUAAUCUUCCAAAAUUGAGGAAUGUCCAUGAUUAUUGGCGGAGAAGGUCGUUGGAAAGAAAUGGUUCAAAUUUAUCGGGCUUAAGCUUUGACUCAGAUUAUGAAAAAACUUCGUCUUCUUUUAAUGAAAUCCUAAAUAAAGAUAAUUACGAAUUUAAAAAAAUAGAGAAACAGCUCAGUGAACUACAGUUGGAAGCAAUAAGAACUGACAUUUCUUUUAAGAAUCUGAAUAAGAUGAUCAGCGAAUUAUUCCCGAAUUGGCUGUUUAACUAUCAAACGAGAGCAAGGAAGAUAAUUACAUUUUUUCAUAAAAAAAUUGUUUCUUUUUCUAUCGAAAUGAUUUACUCCGACGAUGCAAAGCUUGGAAACAAUAUUUCAAUACAAGAUGUUUGUUUACGUACCGGUCGAGUGUCAUCAAAAUAUUGGAAGCCGAUUGAUCACAUCUUAGAUUUCAAUCUCAAGAUUAAUUUGCCAGUUGAUUUAAAAUUGCUUUUAUAUGCUUAUAACAAUGAAGAUCCUAUUCUAAAGCUGCUGCAACACAUGGAUGAGGUUUGCACCAACAUACUUAAAGAUGCCCGUAGCCUGUGGAUAUUAGUUUGCAGAGAGGAAGCUUCUUUGAUAAGUUAUUCAAAUGGAGUGAUUGUGCGAAAGUUUACAUCCGAGGUUAAAGAAGUCACAGAUUAUUAUCCGUACCUUAAAAAAACUGAGUUCCAGAUAGAAGUAAAUAAUAUUCGAACCUUGUCAUUUAAAGAUAUUAUAUCUCCACCGUUGUAUGCAUUUUCUGAAGAGUUACAACUUUUACCCAGUGGUAUAGAUUUUCUCAAAGAAUUUCUUAAGUCUCCCUGGCGAUAUUUAAAACCGUAAUUUUUUUAACACUAAUUAAUUUAUAAUCAUUUGAUAUAACUAUAUACUUCUUAUUAAAGAAAAAAA